GCAUUAUUUUACCCCACAGUGAAAACAUUGCAAAAUAAUGAAGGAAAGACCUUGAAUUUGCUAGAUCUAAUUAAAAAUCAAUUUUUUUUAAAAUGGAAACUAGAUCUAAGACAAAAAAACAACAGAAGUCAAGUCUAUCUAGCCAGCCAGGUGAGGUCUGGCCCAUGGACAGGUUGGUCAUUGAGAUCGAUAUCCUGCUAUCCAGGUUGUUCAAUGAUUGCGACACCUUCGCGACUUUUCAAGGGUUUUUUCUCUUUUGUAUGUUCUGCUUUAGCGCCAUUUUAGGAACUCUCAAUUAUUAUGAAAUCACGUGGGUCUUUGGCUAUUUUGAGUUUGUUUUUAAAACAGAAGAGGGUAGAAUGUUGUAUGAAGCAAGUUGGAAGCAUUUUUUAUUUUUUCUGACUAUGUGCGUACACAUGGCACUGUUUGCCAAAGUAUCGCUCAUGUAUAACAGGGACUUGAGUAAAGAAAUGAACACAGAGAACGUGCCAGAUAAAUUCCUUGGAGACGUAAAAAGAAGAGCUUUCAACUUUAAACUGGAUAGCGUUAUUCGUCGUUAUGCCUGGAGGAAGCUUCUAGAACACUCUAGCCCGCUCGAAAGAUAUUGUCUGGAGAUUGACAGGAAAGACUUUACUUGCAUUGUGGACUGGACGGCCCUCACAUUCAAGCACGAGGUCACCAAGUUUUCUCCAAAGGUCAAGGACGGAACUGUGAUCAAAACCUCCCGAGGAGACUUACAAACAGGUCAAAAAUGGGUGACGCUUUGGUCCAGUUGUUAUGACAACGCAUCGAAAAUGAAACAAAGUCACAUUUUUAGAGGAUCACGAGGCACGACAACGUGGGUGGACGUGGACCUAGAACGAUGUUACACGGUCAACAAAGAGGUGCAUGUCCACUUUAACCUCCACCAAAUCCCACAUUAUUUUAGCGCCGAAAGUACCGUCAGUCUCAACAAGGUCAAAGGUGAAAUGUUCCAUGAGGUUCACACCUGGGAGAUCAACUCGGAGAUUGAAGUGAAGCCAUCGUCUCGAGCCCAUGCUCAGCUGUUAGCGAGACAAGAGUGCUCUGUCGUGGAGUUUGAGAUUCGAACCACUUUGUCGAUUCCUAAAGGUGCAGUACCGGUAAUCUUUAAACACAAGACCAGAAAUGUCUCAUUCGCGUUAAACGUCGAAGACGUAGAUAAGGCUUUUCAGCUUGUGGAAGACGGCGGAGUACUUAAACCGGAAGAAAAGAGGUGUGUGGAGCUGAUUGAGAAGAAGUGGCUGGACAAAGAUGGCGUGGGGCAUAUGACCUACCACCCCCAGAUCAUCACCCGGGGCACGUGUAUCUGCCUUAGAUGGACUGACCAGAGAGUGGACAUCAAGACCAGUCCAUUGUCGAUGGACGAGUCCACUUCUGAUGGGGACCACAACAUGAACAAGACGCCCCUCUGUCACACUGAAGAAGACCCAAGCGUCGACUCAUUUGUUUUCGUCGAUCAGCCAGACAUGGUUUAAAAUAAAUGCUGUUAUUGAUGCUACAUUUUAAAGAAAUUAAACUCCCUUCCCCAAUCUAUUUGUUAUCGUAAUUAGGCUCUAGCCUUACUCUAAUCACUCAAUUUACACCAUUUAAUAUUGUUUAUAGAAAAAAAAAAUUUCUAAUUAGUACCAAAUCUAGUUAUAGCUGUUUUAAAAUUUAAAAAAAUUUAACGUGGAUAAACAAAAUAGUAUUUGUGUGCAUACUAUUUUUUAUAUUUGAAAAUAUAUUUUGUUCCCUAUUUAAUUACAUCAAUAAUUGGAU